AUGGGUAAUCGCAAACGUAAUAACCCCACCUCAUCGCCCGAGGUCGUUGACGACAUUCCCGAUGAAGAGAAAAUAAGAUUAAUAAAAUCAACAGGAUUACUCAAGGACCUCAAAGAAUCCAAAAAAGGGUUCAGUGAACGGGAGGUGAAAUGGGAAGACGAUCCAUUUGCAUAUGGCUUCACUUUUCAAGCUUUUUUAUAUACAAUACCUCUUUGUGCUGUCUAUAGUGUGAUGGAUAUUUUGGUACAUAGGCAAUACAACCAGGAGAUCCUGAUCCUUUCGCUCAUCACGAGAGUUGUUAAGGUUGCCCCGAUUUGCGUUUACACUUAUUUUACUUACAUGGAUUUUAAACUUUGA